CUGUCCAGCACAACAGGGAUUUCAACACGGACAGAUAGCGCAAUGAAGAGCAGCGUCGACCCGUCAUCAUGUGCACCGGGCUUCCGAGGACUGCCUGUCCGCUGCGACUUUUUGCCCUCUGCAUCCUUCUCUCCCACGCAGCAGCCUAUUUCGGCCUUACAGGUCGCGAGCCCAUGGUUUUUCUGGCCGGUCCAUUUGCCAACGAGCCUCCGAACAGUAAAGCGCACCUGAAGCAAUGCGAGCAGAUGACUUUGACGCGCCGGCAAAAACGCUUGUGCCGGCGAGAACCUGGGCUGGCGGAGACUUUGAGGGAAUCUGUCCGUCUCAGCCUCCUGGAGUGCCGCUAUCAGUUCCGCAACGAGCGCUGGAACUGUAGUAUGGAUGGCCGUGGAAGCCUUUUAAAACGAGGCUUUAAGGAGACGGCUUUUCUGCACGCGGUGUCAUCAGCAGCGUUGUCUCACGCGUUGGCCAAAGCGUGCAGCUCAGGGCGCAUGGAGCGCUGCACCUGCGACGAUUCUCCUGGUCUGCAGCAGCGCGAGGCCUGGCAGUGGGGCGUAUGCGGGGACAACCUCAAAUACAGCACUAAGUUUCUCAAGAAAUUCUUGGGGCAAAAACGGGUCAGCAAGGAUCUGCGUGCCCAAAUCGACGCUCACAACAUUAACGUCGGCAUCCGGGCGGUGAAGAGUGGUCUUAAGACUACUUGUAAAUGUCAUGGUGUCUCCGGUUCAUGUGCUGUGAGAACAUGCUGGAAGCAGCUCUCCCUGUUUCAAGACACAGGCCACCUGCUGAAGUUCCGCUAUGACACAGCCGUUCGAGUGCAUAGUGUUACCAAUUCCGCCACUGGGGAGAGCGAGCUGGCAAGCCCAUGGCGUCAUAGCAACACGGGUCCCCGCCCACGACACACCGAGCUGGUAUUUCUGGAGGAGUCGCCCAGCUUUUGCAGGCCGUCGCGUUACUCGCCCGGGACGGCUGGCAGACCAUGUUCAAAGGACACCAGCUGCAGCAGCCUGUGCUGUGGACGGGGCUACAACACGGCCCUCCACCUCACCACCCUCUCCUGCCACUGCCAGGUCCGCUGGUGCUGUCAAGUCGAGUGUCAAACCUGCCUCCGAGAGGAAGAGGUCUACACCUGCAAGAAACAUUGAUAAGAAGGAAACUGAGAAGAAGAAGUGGAAAGUGAGGAAGCUUGAGGAUUUUAAGGCAUCUACUAGACAUCUGGUAGAAUUUUGAGAAGUUUGGAGGUUGUGAUACAGGUUGUUCCGAACAAAAGUUUGGGAGGAACAUGUUCAUUUAAUAUGACCAAUUGGUGCCUGAAAAAGCCUACAGUAUGACAGUUCUUCCAGCAUUCCUCCAUUACCCCAGCUUCUCCUUCUUGAUUGGUUAAAGUAGUCUAAAACCAGUCAAGGAAUUCCUAGGAGUUCCUACUUUCGGGCUUGGGUCAAGUCUCCAGAUCAAACCCUUUAACAUGGACAGCAAGACAAAUAUGUAUACCUCCUCUCCAUAAAAGAUUAUGUGAACUUGUGAAACAAGUGUGGACAAACCUGGCCAUGGGUCCCAGAGUUUCUAGAAUGAAAAUUGCUCUUCUGCUGUCAAGGAACCCGAAUAGGACGUUUCAUACGUUUCCCAGCUUCUCACACGCAGUGGAGGUUUGAAUUGAACCAGACUACUCUUUUCUUCUGCAGUGAUAAACCAGCCUCACUGGGAGCUUGCCUGUUGAACGGUCUGUGUUGAUUGCACACUUAUGGAAAUGGACUAGUGAUCUGCAAGGUUUAGUUAUACUCAAACUAAUAGUUGAAAGAGAGAUGGCAGUCUGCUCACUUACAUUUCUGACUGCUCAUCUCUCUACCUGCCUAUAAUGUACAUGCAUAUCUCUCUGUUGCUCUGAGAGUCCACUUAUGGCUUCAAAAUAUACUGAGAGUAUGAAGCACUUAUGAAUGCAUUUAUCUGUGAAUAGUCAUUUAUAUGUAAGGAAGAAAGUACAUGCAUCUGUUAUGGUAUUCACAGUUAUAAUGCUUAACAAAGACAUUACAAAUACUGUAUAUUGUGUGUGUGUGGGGGGGGGGGGGGGGGUUAUGCUGAUAAACUGGAAAUCUACUGGGAAACAGUCUGAUUCAUAGACUUCUAAUGAAUGUUAGAGAAAGUUAUAUAAUCAGAAAUGUUAUAUAUAUAUAUAUAUUUAAUGGCCAUUAAAUGGCUGAUAGGAAUGUAUUCAUUAGAAUUAGAUAAAACUGAUCAACUUCUGCAACUUCAUGUAUACUUGCUGGUGUAUUCCAGACUGCAUUCAUUUGCCACAUUGCUGCAUGAUGUAGAAGUAUGUCAAAAACACAAGCAUUAGGGAUCGACCAGAACAAAGCGUGUCAUUACAGCAUGACCCAAACAUCACCUCUCCCUACAGCUGCGUAUAGUGUGUGCAAACAUCUGGGCUUCUGAGUAUGUAGUUUCUAUUCAGUUUCCCAUCAAGGGGUAAUGAAAGUGAGUAUGUCCCAUCCAGAACAAAAGGAAAACAUCUCCUUCCCUAGUAAGCAAGGCUCUCUGGCCUAUAAAGUCCGUAAGCUCUUUCAUGUGUGUGAAGCCUUUGACAAACUCCAUUCCAGUCCCUUAUUAGCCCAUUACCAAUCAGAGCAAAUACCAGUGCUUUUUCUUCAGAAUGUGCCGAAAGCAGAAGAAGUUCAAAGUUGUUAUGCUGGAUGCCCAAUUGAGGCCUUUGUUACAGGGAGACUUACAAAUAAAAAUAAAUAGAUAAUAGUAAUUAUAUAUACUGUAUAUUUGGUUUUAGCUUCAUUUUUUAUUCAUUUUGCUCAACUCAUUCUUGUUUCAUUUGUAUAGUUCUUAUUUAAAAGUAUUUAGUUUUUUUUAAGAAGGCCAAAUAUGAGUGGAAAUGUUGAAAAUCAGUUGUAUAGGUGGCACAUUUUGAGACAAUGAAGUAUUACUCAUAAAUAUUUUCUGUUCAAAUGAAACAAUACAUGCAUUUAAUCACUUAACAAUUGAAACUCAAAUUUGAAGUAUGUGAAUGUGAGCAUGUUCUUGUCUACUUGUUUGUGUGUGUGUGUGUGUGUGUGUGUGUGUGUGUGUGUGUGUGUGUGUGUGUGUGUGUGUGUGUGUGGUGAUUUUGGGAAGGCAGAAAACUGCAGUAAAAUUGGCCACAUCAAUCAAGUGGAAGAAAGUCCAAGCCUUCAGUGACAUGUCAUUCAGCUGACUUGUUGAACUUGUUGAAGUACAUAUGCAUGUUAUGAAAGCUUUCUCCUGAAAUUGAUUCCGUUUCUAUGAAAGAGACUAAAGAAAGAGAUUUAUCACACUGAGUCAGCACAUGCAAAUAUCUGAAACCCCGGUGGUGGCUGUGAAAAUACAAAUUAGAUAGUUUCCUACUUCUGAGUGUGUGUGUGUGUGUGUGUGUGUGUGUGUGUGUGUGUGUGUGUGUGAGUGUGUUUCUUUGCUGCAACAGCCGAAAUGGUAACAUUUAUAGCACAGAUAUCUAAAUGAACUGAAUGAGAAAUGAACCCUCUGUCAAACUGUGGGUUAUUGAGUCUAUGUGUUUGUUUGUUUGUGUUGUCAUAGCUUUAACAGUGUAAUGUUUCACUUUGUGUUUUCAUGCUGGGGAUUUUUGCUACUACCUCACCCAUACAAAGGGGGGAAAUUAAGUACUAAGUAGUUUCUUUUUUUCUUAGAUAUUUAAGACAAUGCUUCUUUUAAAAGCUUUAGCCUGAAAUACAGAUUUACAUUUACUUUUUUCUUUUUUAACUUUUGUGACCUAUUUCUUUAUUUAAGAACCAAUGUAUCAUAUUCAAAUAAAACAGUACAUUUGUAAAAAUGGUGUCUGACAUUUGACAACAGAUUAAACUCUUUAAAUUAAAUUUAAAAAGCUGA